AGAGUGUAAGUUCAAAUGCUAUUUGUUUAAUUUGCUCAGUAUGUAUUUGUUGAAUUGUACUGCUUUUAUAUUAGCCUAUAAGUUAAUUUUCCCCCAAAUCAGUUGGAUUUUUAUUGGCAUAUUAGUUACACACUUAACUGUCAUUCUUUUAAAUGCAUGGGUGUCAUCUGGUAAUAAAGGUGGGGAUACUCUUUGCUUCUUUGAAAAAGAAAUAUGGCUAUUGACAGACCCAAGCAGUUCUUGACAUUGCAUUUUUGGUGAAGAUGUGGAAUGAGUCUGGAAUGAAGACUGAAAUUGGGCAAAAACAAUAUUACUGCCCAAAUUAUUUUUAUUUUUACAAGAAAAGCAACUCUAAUUAGUUAAUCAAGGAGCAAUACGGGUCAUCUCUAUGCAUGGGGAAAUGAAACAGUUUUGGAUUGAAUAAUAUUUGACCUAUUGUCUAUGUUGCAUUUGUGCAGAAAGGUUAAUUCAACAACUUUUAGCAAACAUUUAUUAUUCUUGUUAUGUUCCAGAUACAGAAAUGAGGGUUGUAGAAUGAAACACAUAGCCUCUUCCCUCAAAAUUCUUAAAGUUUUGUGGGCAAAAUAGUACAUAAAUAUUUCCUGUGUUAGACGUGUUUUUUAACAAUACCUGUCAAACUCCUAUUGUACUUUCAAAACCCAAAUCAGAUGAUGCCGCCUUAGGGAGACCUAUCCUAAAAGCCCAACUGAUAGAGCUAUUUAACAGAUUACUUUUCUGUGUUCUCUAUGUACAUUGUAUCAUCUGUAAUCUGAAGUAUUUGUUGCCCUGGAUAUCUUUUGGUAGACUGAACUCCUUGAAGGUGUGUAUUAUAUUUCUUUUAUUUUUGCACCUGGAGUGUGUGGUACACAGUAGACUCUCAACAAAUGUUUGCUGCAUUGGAUCAAGUGACCGCAUAGUGGGAUGUGCUAUCAGGACAGUUUUGUGCCAUGCAUACUAUAAGGGCACAAAUGAAGGGCAUACAUUGUAGCUUGUGGGGCAAGGGUGGUUUCUGAGAGGAGGUAAUGUGUGAUUUGAUUUUUGAAGAACUGUAGGUGCAAAGUCAGUGGAGAUGGCAAAAAGGUUGGUCUUUGAUUUAUGUAAGUGAUCCAGUAUGACUAGGGCGUAGGAAGCUAGUAAGAGAAUGGUUGGAUAUAAUGCGGAGGGAGGCCGGGGCUAGAUCAUCUGGUACCCUCUAGUGCUUCCUUGUGCUUCUGGUACCCUGGGCUUAUAUCUAUCACAACAAUUACAUUGCUGAAUUGUAAUGAUCUAACUUCAUACUCUUUCCUAUUAGAUUGUAAAGUAUAUGAAAACCCUGGUGAAUACCCUUUUUAUUCAUAUUUGUAUCCCAACACCCAAGAGUGUCCUGAACAGAGAAGGUGCUAAAGAAAUGUCGAAUUUUAAUCUUUUAAUCCAGUUCUCAUGCUCUCAAACAAAGACAGCACUUUGGCAUCUUGGUCAGUGAUUACAGAAGAGCAAUGGAAAGCUGAAGGGCAGGAAGUCAGUCUGUCUUCCCAGUGAUUGAUUGGCAUUGAGUGAUUUUGGAGAAUUCAGACCAAGUGCUUGAUAGCUAUGGGUCAGUGCAUCAGCAGAUCUUUGGUUUGCAAUGGGGAUUCUGACUGUGAAGAGGACAGUGCUGAUGAAGACAGGUGUGAGGACUCAGAAAGCAGGCCUUCCUGUGACCUCGAUAAACCUCCUCCCAACAUAGAACUUACUGGACAGGGUUACAAUGCGCUCACAGGCCAGUUUAGGAACAAAGUCCUCAACACUAAAAGUUUUGGUGGUCAGUGCAGAAAGGUGUUUAGCGGGGAUGGGAGAGAUUUCUACAGACUGAGCGGAAAUAUCCUCUCCUAUACAUUCCAGGUGAAAAUAAAUAAUGAUUUUAAUUAUGAAUUUUACAAUAGUACCUGGUCUUAUGUAAAACAUACAUCAACAGAACAUUCAUCAUCUAGUCGAGGACGCUUCCUCUUUUUUAGUUCUUCAUCUUCUUCGUACAGUUACUCUGCAGGUACUGAAAAAAUCCUUAAGGAAAAGAGUUAUCAGUUGUUGGUUCUUCAGAACACUGUUGAAGUGGCUCAGUUUAUCAAUAACAAUCCGGACUUUUUACAACUUGCUGAGUCAUUCUGGAAGGAACUCUCCUACCUUCCGUCUCUGUAUGAUUACAGCGCCUAUCGAAGACUGAUCGACCAGUAUGGGACACAUUAUCUUCAGUCUGGGUCCUUAGGAGGAGAAUACAAAGUUAUCUUUUAUUUGGACUCAGAAAAAAUCAAACAAAGCGCUUUUGGUUCAGAGAAGAAGAAGAAAUGUGCUUCCUCACAUAUCAAGUUUUUGUUUAAAUCAUCAGAGCACGCAUGCAAGGAGAUGGAAGAGGCCUUAAAAUCGGCUGCAGGAACUCAGGGCAAUGUGUUACGAGGGGUCCCAUUUGUCAGAGGGGGACGUCCUGGCUUUGUGUCUGGCCUUAGUUACCUGGAACUGGACAACCCUGCUGGAAACAAAUGGAGAUAUUCUCUCUGGGCAGGAUCUGUGACUGAACUUCCGCAAAUCAUAAAACAAAAGCUGACACCUUUGUAUGAGCUGGUAAAGGAAGUACCCUGUGCCUCUGUGAAAAGGCUAUACCUGAAACGGGCCAUUGAGGAAUAUCUCGAUGAAUUUGACCCCUGUCAUUGCCGGCCUUGUCAAAAUGGUGGCAUGGCCACUGUGAAGGGGACCCAGUGUGAGUGCCAUUGCAAACCAUACACGUUUGGUGUGGCGUGUGAACAAGGAGCCCUCGUAGGGGAUCAAGCAGGAGGGGUUGAUGGAGGGUGGAGCUGCUGGUCCUCUUGGGGCCCCUGCGUUCAAGGGAAGAAAACAAGGAGCCGAGAAUGCAAUAACCCACCUCCCAGUGAGGGUGGGAAAUCCUGCAUUGGAGAAACGUCAGAAACCAGACAAUGCGAAGACCAGGAGUUGGAGCAUUUGCGAAUGCUUGAACCACAUUGUUUUCCUUUGCCUUUGGUUCCAACAGAAUUCUGUCCAUCACCUCCUGCCUUGAAAGACGGAUAUGUUCAAGAUGAAGGUGCCAUGUUUCCUGUUGGGAAAAACAUAGUGUAUACUUGCAAUGAAGGAUACUCUCUUGUUGGAGACCCUGUUGCCAGAUGUGGAGAAAAUUUACAGUGGCUUGUUGGGAAAAUGCAUUGUCAGAAAAUUGCCUGCGUUCUACCUGCACUGAUGGAUGGCAUACAGAGUCAUCCCCACAAACCUUUCUACACCGUUGGUGAGAAGGUGACCUUUUCCUGUUCAGGUGGCAGGUCCUUAGAAGGUCCUUCGACAUUUCUCUGCGGAUCCAGCCUUAAGUGGAGCCCUGAGAUGAAGAACGUCCAGUGUGUGCAAAAAGAUGCCCCUUUGGCACCGGAAGUGCCUGAAUGUCAGCGCUGGGAGAAACUGCAGAAUUCAAGAUGUGUUUGUAAAAUGCCUUAUGAAUGUGGAUCCUCCUUGGAUGUGUGUGCUCGAGAUGAGAGAAGCAAAAGGAUACUGCCUCUGACAGUUUGCAAGAUUCAUGUUCUCCAAUGUCAGGGUAGAAAUUACACUGUUGCUGGUAGGGAGAGCUGUACUCUACCUGCCUCAGCUGAGAAAGCUUGCGGUGUGUGUCCACUAUGGGGAAAAUGUGACGCCCAGAGCAGCAAAUGUGUCUGCAGAGCCGCCUCGGAGUGCGAGGAAACAGGGUUCAGCGUCUGCGUGGAGGCGAAUGGCAGGGAGCGGACGAUGACAGAGUGUGAGGCCGGCGUCCUGAGGUGCCGAGGUCAGAGCAUCUCCGUCACCAGCAUCCGGCCCUGCGCCGCCGAAGCUCCGUAGCUCCCGGUGCCGGUGGGCCUGCUCGCAGCCCCGUGGCCGAGUUAAAACCUUUGCACGCCCGGCCCUGUAGACAGCUUCUCAGCACGCGGCCCAUUCUUUCUCCUUCCACUCCGGGUCCACUUCUCCCAAUCCCCAGGCCCUGCAUAAUUACACAAGCCUUUGUUCUCCCAAACCUGAAUCCAGAUCCUCUUUUUCUUCUCUUUUUAAAUGUCAGUCAGGCUGAAGGAUAUUGAUGAACCUUUGAAGGAGCUGUAUGUUCUUGGAAAAAUUGCUGACUUCUCUGGACCUUGACUUUUUUUUAAUCUGAAAAUUAGAGGGUUGGACUAGAGAAAUCUGAAUGCUCUAUGAUUCUUUUUAGUAUGAUUAAAAGAACCGACCAGAACACACCCUACAAAUUGAUUAUGAAAACAGAAAGAUUAGAGAGGCUGGCUUCGGCUCAGUGAAACUGAAUACAAAGGGGACCUUGAAUGGAAAAAGGCAGAUACAAUGAUUCCAUGCCAAGCACCACACCUAGAGAUCCCUAAUCUUGUCAGGAGGUUGAAUCACUGCUAUCAGAGUGGAAUCCAUCAUGUUACGGUCACAGGGGCACCUUCUACUUUCUUGUCUGAGAACAAGUAUUUACAAUUGAGGCUUCUCUCUGGAGCUUUUCUUGUGUUUUCCAAACACAAGACCUGUAAUUUGUCCCCCUCCUCCCCUUUCCUUUUGUAGGAAGCAUCAUUCAUGCCUGAGCUAUUGAGCGAUUGCAUAUUUGGGAGAAGUGUUCUCUAACGUGGAUACGUACUUAGAUUUUUCAGGGUGCUCUACAGGUAGAUCCAUCUGUUUAUUCCCUAUUCAUCUUUCAUCAAAACAAAAUAACAGCUGUAGUUGAUGAAAUGAGUGGGCUUCAAUGGAAUUUAAAAUAUGCUUUUAUAUACAAAUAAUAUCUCUGUAUUUUUCUGAUACAUUUCAAUGAAACUUUAGUUUAAAUGACAAUGAUUAAAAAACCCAUUAAAGAUACUAUACUU